AUGGAUAGGAAUUGCUUUAUGCGUCUGUGUAACCUAAUUGAAACAGUUGGAGGGUUGUCCCAUUCAAGGUCAGUUUGUUUGGAGGAGAAAGUUGCGAUGCUUUUGUACACCAUAGCGCACUACCAUAAGAAUAGAGUUGUUAAGCACCACUUCUUCCGGUCAGGUCAAACUGUUAGUAGGCAUUUCAAUGAUGUUCUUCAGGUUGUCAUACGCCUGCAAGGUCAACUACUCGUCAACCCUGAGCCUAUAACUCAAGCAUGCACAGAUGAUAGGUGGAAAAGUUUUCAGAAUUGUUUGGGGGCAUUAGAUGGCACAUACAUUGAUGUUCGAGUUAGUCCAUCUGUCAGACCAAGGUAUAGGAAUCGAAAAGGAGAGUUGGCUAUAAAUGUGUUGAGUGUUUGUAACACAGAUAUGAACAUAAUCUAUGUCUUAUCUGGUUGGGAAGGAUCAGCAGCAGACUCUAGAAUCUUGCACGAUGCUAUUACUAGGACUAAUGGGCUAAAAAUUCCCACCGGUUCGUAUUACCUUGUUGACGCUGGCUACACAAAUGCAGAAGGAUUCUUAGCUCCAUACAGAGGAAAGCGUUACCAUUUGAAAGAAUGGGAUGGUCCAGCUCCUCAGGACCAUGAGGAGUACUUUAAUAUGAAGCAUGCCCAAGCCCGUAACGUCAUUGAGAGGACUUUUGGUUUGUUAAAAAUUCGAUGGGCUAUUCUUAGGAGUUACUCAUUCUUCCCCAUUAGAACGCAGUCUCGUAUUGUUACGGCAUGUUGUCUAGUCCAUAAUCACAUUAGAAAAGAGAUGAGUGUUGACCCACAUGAACAUGAACUUGAUAAUCUCGAAGAGGAAGAUAAUGAUGAUGACUACAUUGAUACAGUCGAGACAUCAGGGAUGGAGAAGCCUACUAAGUAUCGUAAGAAGGGAGGGAAGGCAAAGGAAGGAGGGAAUGCUGAAGAAAACAUUGUUGAUGCAACUAGGCGUUCAUGGAAUCAAAGGGAGGACGAUGCACUUCUUAAUGCAAUGAAGGAAAUGGUUGUCAAAGGUGAAAGAAUUGAAAAUUCUUUCAAAUCUGGAUACUUGAGGAAAGUUGAGGGAAUGUUACUUGUUGCUUUGCCUGGCACUAGCAUUCGUGCCGGUCCUCAUAUUUCGUCUAAGUUGAAGGUUUGGAAAAAAAACUAUUACUCUGUCAAGGCUAUGCGUGGCUCUAGUGGGUUCGGAUGGAAUGACUCAACACAUAUGAUAGAAGUAGUAGACGAUAAAAUUUGGGAGGACUACUGCAAGACAGACAGUAAUGCGCAGGGGCUAAGGUUCAAGUCAUUCCCUUACUAUGAUGAUUGGUGCAUGAUUUUUGGGAAUGACAGAGCAACGGGAGAGAUGGCUGAGAGUGCAGCAGAUAUGGUUGAGAACUUAGAUGAGGCUGCCAAUGAAGGUGGUGGUAAUUCAACCACGGUGAACAACACUGACAAGUCACCUGAAGAGCAUUCGAAGAAAAAGGCUAAGGUUUCUGAGAACAUCUUGGCUGGAAUGAAUAAUUUUGCCGACAAGUUGGGGAUAUAUUUUGAGAGGUCUGAUGCUAAGAUUGAGAUGCUUGGAGGUAGGAUGGGUUAUGCACAUGACCUCUCAAAGAAAAGAGGUGAAGUUAAUGACGCACUUAGGAAACUUCCAAUCACAGUUGAGUCUAGGGUCGUUGUCGGAAUGGCAAUCACCCAAGAUGCACAAAAGGUUGAUCACUUUUUCAGCCUUGAUGACGAGGAAAAAAUGGUAAUGGUGAAGAAGUUGGGUGGUGAAGAAGUUGUGUGACUUGUGUCCUUAAGUUUCAAGUCU